AUGUGUGUCCCAACUGUCGUCUUUAUUUGGUGGUGGUUUAGCGGCCUGCUUUUUUCGCCUCUCAUGCGCGAACAUCCCAGUCCGGCCCUCUACAUACGGCAAAAUUAUUUCACGGUCUAA